AUGUCUAUGUUGGGAGGUGAGGAGGUGCAACAUCUAUGUUGGAAGGGGAGGAGAGGAGGUGCAAUAUCUAUGUUGGGAUGGGAGGAGGUGCAAUAUCUACGUAGGGAGGCGAGGAGAGGUGCAAUAUCUAUGUCGGGAGGGAAAGAGAAAUGCAACAUCUAUGUCGGGAGGGCAAGAGAGGUGCAAUAUCUAUGUGGGGAGGGGAGGAGGUGUAAUAUCUAUUUGGGGUGGGGAGAAGAGGAUGAGGUGAAAUAUCUAUGUCGAAAGAGGAUGAGGUGCAAUAUCUAUGUGGAGAGGGGAGGAAAGGAGGGGAGGAGAGGUGUAAUAUCUAUAUUGGGAGGGGAGGUGGUUCAAUAUCUAUGUGGGGAGGGGAGGAAUGACAAUAUCUAUGUGGGGUGGGAAGAAGGUGCAAUAUCUAAGUCCGGAGGGGAGGAGAGGAGGAGAGGUGUAAUGUCUAUGUUGGGAGGUGAGGAGGUGCAACAUCUAUGUUGGAAGGGGAGGAGAGGAGGUGCAAUAUCUAUGUUGGGAUGGGAGGAGGUGCAAUAUCUACGUAGGGAGGCGAGGAGAGGUGCAAUAUCUAUGUCGGGAGGGAAAGAGAAAUGCAACAUCUAUGUCGGGAGGGCAAGAGAGGUGCAAUAUCUAUGUGGGGAGGGGAGGAGGUGUAAUAUCUAUUUGGGGUGGGGAGAAGAGGAUGAGGUGAAAUAUCUAUGUCGAAAGAGGAUGAGGUGCAAUAUCUAUGUGGAGAGGGGAGGAAAGGUGCAAUAUAUAUGUGGGGAGUGGAGGAGGUGCAAUAUCUAUGUGGGGAGGAGGUGUAAUAUGUAUGUUAGGAGGGGAGGAGAGAGGAGGAGAGGUGUAAUGUCUAUGUUGGGAGGUGAGGAGGUGCAAUAUCUAUGUUGGGAUGGGAGGAGGUGCAAUAUCUACGUGGGGAGGCGAGAAGGUGCAAUAUCUAUGUGGGGAGAGGAGGACGUGCAAUAUCUAUGUGGGGAGCAGAGGACGUGCAAUAUCUAUCGAGGUGAGGAGAAGGUGUAA